CUUGCACGCGUCAGAACAUGCGAUGUGAAACCCGCCUAGCAGCUUGCUCUUUCGAGACCUUCAACAUUUUGGGAACAUGGCUGGCUCCUUGCUAGCUGGGCAAGCAAGCCCAGGCCAGACUCUGGCCGACUCCAAAGCUGCUAAUCGCCGCGCGGAAAAGACCGCAGUUGCUAAUCGCAGGGGCGGAACACCAACUCAAACUGGACUGCAACACUGCGCCCGCCUUCCGAUGGGCAUCCUGCGUGGCUUGGGCCCAUGGGCGAUCGAACCCGGCGACGCUCGCCUUGAAUCCGAAUCCGCGCCGCUUGGUCGGGGAAGUCAUGCUGUCAGCUUCUACGGAGACGGAAUCAAUGACCUGCUAGCGCAGAAGGUAGAGGACCUGCCGGAUGAGCCGCCCGAGCAGCCGGAGGCCCCACAACCGCCGGAGAUCCACCUGCCGACGGACGGCCCCAUCGGAGAGGGCUAUGAGGUGAUUAUGGAUGUUCCUCCGAGCCGGCGGGAUGGGUUCAAUGGACCAGCCAUGCAGCCAUAUCACGUGGGCAUGAUCUCUCACGCUCCUGUCCUCAUGGGCUGGUCGCCGCUCGUGUGGCAGGCUUGGUUGCUGACGUGCCCGCGCGCUUCGCGGAAUCGCCAUAGCCGCGCAUUCCUGUGAGCUGGCAGCCAGGGCCAUUUCGGCGCAUUUCGUUUCACGCGAAUGCGCCAUGGCAGG